UUCCAUUAAGUUAAAACAGUUUUUUGUCUGCCUCUGCCCUGUGUGCUUUCUUAGCUUCUCAAAUGCUGCGAUCCCUUAAAAAUUUGAAGUAUUCUGCCUGGCGUGACGUGCGUCGUGGAUGCUCUGUAGUGGCCACGUCGGAUCGAAGUGAUGUCCAUCUGGUGCUGCCAACAGUCAUUUCAUCCGAGUUCGCCAAGAAAAUUCGGCCGCUCUCAGUGCCCGACCUUAUCGAUAAGUUCUCCCGCGAUGCCCCAGGGGGCCAGUUUGCCACUGUGGCCGAGUACCUGCACAGCGAUCCGAGGCCCGCAGCAGUCCUGGUACCCGAGGAGAUCGAUCUUCAUCGAAUAAUGGCAUUGGAUGAUCUCAAUGCCUAUAUGCACGCGAAGGACGCGUUCAAGGAACCACAGAGAAAGAACCGGGUAUUUGCGCAUGUCCUCGUGGUGGCCGGUGCCGACUCAAUCUUGAGAUGCCCCUUUCGGCAAAGAUCAGAGUUUCUCUAUCUCUGCGAUUGCUUGAGGCCAGGAGCGGCCUUGGUACUCCAUCGCAACCGAAAGCGGAAGGCUGGUGCGUUGCUCUUCCUUCCCGAAGAGGUGGACUCGCAGCUGUCCUCGAUUUAUAGCCAUAUGCAUCACGUGGAAGACGUUCUGCCCCUAGCCAUGUUAAAGAAAAGUUUGCUCUGGCUGCUAAGGGAUCAGUCUCCUGAGCUAUGGCACUCCUUCCAGACCUCGAGUCCAGUCAGCCGGAUAGUGCAAGAGGCGGCCGACGAGGCGAAAACGCCUCUGUGUAACCCCCGGUACAUCCUGCAGUACACACGCACCGUAAAAACGUCCAGGGAGCUGUGUGCACUGCGUCGGGCCAACGCUAUUGCCGCCGGCUCCAUGGCGGAGGUGAUCGCCCAGCACCAGAGCAGUCCUCAGGAGUUGGCCACAUCCUUUGACUACAAGUGCCGUUUGAGUCACGCCCAACCGGACGCGUGCAAAGUAUCAUGUGGACUAGAUGGCAAUGGGCUGUGGCAGAUGGAUGCUGGCUGCCAGUACGGAGGCUACCAAGGCGGAUUGGCCAGGUGCUGGCCCAUCUCCGGCCGGUUUACGCCGCCCCAGAAAAUGCUUUACGGUGCUCUUUUGGACAUACAUCGCGAUCUGUGCUCGUUAAUACAGUCGGCUGGAAGUGAAGGUGCUGUACGCACCCCCCUGGAGCUGCAUGCCGCUUACCUAAUCCUUCUGGCCCGGCACUUGAGGGAGCUCCGGGUGUUGCCCAAGGUUGACAUGAGUCCAGCUGAGACUGUCGAGGUGGCCCGCAAGUACAACUGCUCUCCAAUCGUCAUCUCCCACGUGGGCCUUGGUAAAAGAGACACCAGUCGAAGACUACUUGACUACCCCUUCGCGCCCGGGAACAUCGUUUCGCUGCGCCUGUCCAUCUCGAUUCCCGAUGACUGCUGCCAGGCCUACCCUGAGUUCCGAGGCAUUCUCUGCCAGCUCGGCGACACCCUGCACAUCCGAAACGACUAUUCCCUCGAGGUACUCACUGCAGUCUGUCCCAGCGAGCCCCAGGAGAUCGAGGUAUGCUUACCUGCCGUCCGAGCCAGAUCCCCACGAUCGUGGGCUGACAGGGACCAGGUGCUAGGCGCCACCAGCAUGACCUCACAGGCGGCGACUGAGGAAAGCACAGCAAAUUGCUGAAGAUAUGGACAGUAAUUCCGCGGAAUUAAAUUCGUGUUUCCACAAUCGCCGCCAUUUAUUCAGGAGUUUUAUAGGUAUAUGUAUAUUAAAGCCCGAUUUUUCGUACUA